ACUGGCGAGCAGUCCCUCGCACUGUCACCAGACAUCUACACUGUCGUUACCACGACCAUCGGUCACAGCUCGCGACCCGAGACGCCCCAGGCGGUCCUCACUGAGAGACUAUGCCUGAGCAACCAUACCUCUACGAUCGAAUCGAGGCCAGGCAGUCGCUCGCUUAUCCAUCCUCCGACUUCAAUCCCAGGGCAGCAACACAAGCCCACUAUGCUGCAUUGCAAGAGCGGGCGGAGCGCCAGAAGCGCAAGGCACAGCAACAGGGGAAGCCUUUGAUCAACUUCAACCAACAUCCGGACAGCUACAUGAUUGUUGGCCAACCCCAAAUCACCCACGAGCCGAUGCCACCGAGUACCAAGAAGAAGGUCAUCUGGGCGAGGUGGCUACAGUUCGUGCUCAGGUGCCACCAAGAGAUAGGAGCGCUCGGAAUAUUGGUCUGCGUCAUUUGCUUGAAGAUGGCGAACGAUGGCCCAGGCUGGAUGAUUCGCGUCGCGCCAGCAUGGGACUCUGUCAUCACCAUGUAUGCCAUUUACCACCUCCUGAGACCUGCCAACGGCCGGACCCCGAAUAGCAGUGCAAGCUAUCACUUUUUCGCCUUGUUCACGGACACCAGCUUGACACCAUUCUACGUCUUCAUCGCCCUGUACGCGAAUCAGAAUUACAACCUCCAACCAGGCACGGAUGACCGGUGGACGAGCUUCUUCAGCACCGAAUACGCCACGACAACAGUCAUAUAUGUGACAUUCAUUGCAAGCAUUGCCGUCGGAGCCUUGCACCUGGUCAGCGUUGGCCUGGACUUGUAUCUGAUCGUGAUGUUCAGAAAGAUCUCACAUCUGCCGCCUGAUAUGAAUCCUCUCGAGGAUAACUUGACUGGCAGUAACCGCAGCAGAUCUCAGAAGCACAAGUACAAGAACUCUGAGGCAACUCUGUCAUCAGUGUCCACGGAUAUGUCGGAGAAGAAGGCAGGAUACUUGAGUGGAAGCACGCUUAAUGUCAGUGACUCAAGACCGUUCACUGCGAAGGAGCCGGAUUCGAGGACAAUUCCUUGGGGUCACACCAGGACGGACUCCGACAACACGUACUCACCGCAUAAUCCAAACUCGGCACGUCUUUCGCGCCAACAGUACGACGAGUUCUCGAUCAACCAAGGACCAUACUCAGCUAGGAGCUCUCGUGUGGAUGUCCCCGGUGGCGCUCGCUCACGUGCUGGUACGCUCGUAAACGAUGGUGACCACGGGAAAGUUGUCGACUAUGGCAAUAUCCCCGCCGUCCCCAGGUUCUCCACUCAGCCGAUGAGUCGUCAAGGAAAUCCCGACCGCCAUGCAUCAGCUCCAUCGAAGGAUCUGGUCAAGUCUCAGCAGAAGGACAGCUUGCUGAACGACAAUUGGUAUGUGUUGGAGGAGGACAGUACAUCAGACCUAGGAGCACCACGCCGCAAGAACAACCGUGGCCAUAACCGCGAGCCAACACUCCCAAAUGUCAAACUUCCUCCUCUGCAGAAGCAUGACUCGUUCGUCACGGAUGCCCACGCACAACCGCAGCCGUUGAAGAUGAAUCCUCCGACACCAACCACUUCAGUUCACGACUUAGCCGGCCCGGACACGCAUUCCGACUACCAGCUGAUCGAGACUGGUGUCGCUCGGACUGCGACUGUUCAAUCCCAUGCGACUGCAACCUCGUCCGUCUACUCGGAAUCCGCACCAUCGCUGAAGACAACGAUGAGUGCCAGUCCAAAGCGCAAGCAAUAUGGCGAUCUUGCUUCGGCGACCAGUGGCAUUCGCGGUAACAGCCCUGGCAAUCUUCCAAAUUUCGACGGCAGCGCAGUACGAGGAAUGUACGGCUAUCCGACACCACAGAACUCAAGAUCGCCUAGUCCACCAAAACACCAGCAAACACGCGUUAUCUCGCGAACUGGUGCUGACAUCGCUGAUGCCAAUCUCUAUGCUUCAGAGCAGCAGACUGGUCUGAGAGGUCGACGGGAGGCGUCAGGCAAGAUUGCUGAGGAAGGGAGGGGCGGAUGGUAGGCCAUUCUCCACCCCAAAAAUCGCCCUCAGAGUCGAAGCAGAAAAUAUGGACUAGACGUACCAGUCCGCAGUCAGCGUGUACCAGCCGCACCGAAUCGUGUUGCCCCGACAUUGACGCUGGUGGUACUGAUGACGCCUAAGGCGCUCUUACGAUGCUCGCGAAAUCGAAUCAUUUCCCCAAUAUGAAGAACCAACUUGGCACGAGUAAGCUUCGCCUGUUGAGCGAACGAAACCCUAGCGGUAUUUUGCGACUCGUGACAGGGAUAGUGGUGACAGGCUGGGAAACACAGGACAUUGGCAUUUGGCGUUGAGCGGCGAAAAGUUGAUCGAUUGAUGACGGACGGGUUGGGUGCAAGAGACGGUCGUGCGUCGUAGCGUAUCGUGAUUGUAGCAUACAUGGUGUUGAUAGUAUAUUUUACGAUUGUGCAGGGACC